CCUUUCUCACUUUACCUUAUUUGGUAUCAUGCGGCGCUGGCUCCUGCUGCUGCCAACGGCGACUGCGCUCCUGACGCAGGACCCUGGCACGGCGAUCGUGACGCAGACCGUGGGCGAAAACAUGACGCUGACGCUAACCUGCCCGGACGCGACAACGGCAAUCAACAAGAUCCUCUUUGCGUCCUACGGGAUGCCCAAAGGCGACGGUCUCGCCGCGUCGGUCGAGAGCUACUGCGACUCGCCCAAGUCCAAGCCCAUCGUGCAGAGCUACUGUCUCCAGCAGCAAACGUGCAGUCUCUGGGCGGUCAACAGCUGGUUUACUGACGAAUGCGUUGGCACUGGCAAGCACUUGACCGUCACGGCGCAGUGCGCAGCCGCCACGCAAACGCUCGUUCUCGACCCGGGCGCGGUUCUCGCCACUGCCAACGUGACAGAGAACAGCACGCUGUCCCUUUCCUGUCCCGACGCUUCCACGAGCAUCAGCACGAUCCUCUUUGCCUCCUAUGGCUUGCCAAGUAACGUGGGACUCUACGCCGCCAAGGGCAAGUGCGACGCGGCGAACGCGACCCAGAUCGUCGCUGCGGCCUGUCUCGGUAAGGCAGCCGUGUUUGGCAACCCGUGCGCCAGCGUCCGCAAGCUUCUCACCGUCACGGCGCAGUGCACAUCACCCAGCAAGAGCUCGUCGCCGACCGCGAUCAUUGUCGGUGUCGGCUGCGGCGUUGCCGUCCUCAUUGCUGUCGUCGGUGGCUACGUCUUUUGCUCUCGGCGGCGCAAGGUGCCUGUCGAGACACGUCGUGAUAGCCCUGUCUACCAAACGCUUGCAAGGACAUCCAACCGGGGAGACCCCAAGCCGCGUACACGCAACAGCAGCUUCGCGACAGGGCCGACGGGGCCCACAAAUGGGCCCAAUGACACCAGCCAGCACCACAAGACGUACCCCGAGCCGUACAUCAAUCUCGACAUACAAGCCCUUCUACACCACCGCCUUGUGCUCGAGGACCUCCGCGUGACGAGCAAGAAGCCAUUGGCCUCCGGCGCGUACGGUGAAGUCUGGCUCGGUGUCUACGGCGGCAGGCAAGUCGCGAUCAAGCGCCUCAAGCAAAAGGACCCGCGCUCCGUGCAAAAGUUCAUCGAUGAGAUUGUUCUCAUGUCCCAACUCGAUAGCGACUACGUCAUCCAUUUUGUCGGUGCCAGCUGGACCCGCCCGAUCGAGAUCGAGUGCGUCGUCGAGUACAUGGACCUCGGCGAUUUGAGAUCGUACCUCAUGACGGCGCGUCCUGGUGUCUUUACGUGGAGCCAAAAGUACGACGUCCUCAUGCGCGUCAUCCACGGCCUCGUGUACUUGCACACGUUCAAGGUCCCGAUCAUCCACCGCGACCUCAAGAGCCGCAACAUCCUCCUGGACACAAUUAAGGGCACCAAGCUCACGGACUUUGGUGCGUCGCGCGCCGCCGACGACACGAUGACCAACGGCAUUGGCACGUACCAGUGGAUGGCGCCCGAGAUCGUCGCGGGCACGAGCUACACGGCGGCGGCCGACAUUUACUCGUUCGGGGUCGUCUUGUCGGAGCUGUGCACGCACAAGGUACCAUACGCGGACCUGCGGCACCCAAAGACGGGCAACGCACUGCAGCAACACUACAUCUUGCGCGAGGUCUGCGAAGGGCGGCUGCACCCGACUUUGGAUGGUGUCGGCGUUCCAACGUGGGUGCCACAAGUGGCGACGCAAUGUCUGCAGCUAAACGCAAACGACCGGCCGUCGGCGCUGCAGCUUUCGGCCAUGCUGUCAAAGUUGCGCCAGAAUAUGGGCGAGCUGUAG